CGACUUCUCCGGUGUCGAGGACUCCGGGGACUCGGUCGGUUGAACUGCGGCAUGACUCAAGCGACUGCACCGGACUAAUAUCUCGGAUAAAUGUAUUCCAAAGACAAAUGAAGGUACCCAGGAAAGCUGUGUUGCUACUCUGGUACGGCCAGUCGACAGAGUACAUCCAAAUCCGGAAGUGGUGCGUCAGUUUCGUCGUAAUUUCCGGAAGUCAUGUACAAUGUUCUGUCUGUUAUUUUAAGUAAACUGGUGCUUUCACACCCGGGCCCUAAUGAUACAUAAAGUUUUUUCUAACUAUAUAAAUUAAUCAUUUAAGAAAUAACAUCUACAUAGAAAAUGAAUGAAUUUCUUUUAAGACGAGCCAAUACUUUUUUAUAAGCAAGAUUGACAAAGAGGAAGUUACCGUGACGUUUUCCGUCGAGAGAGAGAACUUUGAAGUUAAAAAACGUCAGUGCUUGUAUUUUAUUUGAAGAAGCAUGACCACAAUCUAAACCGUUUAUUAAAUGGUCUUACACGGAGGCUGGGAUCUGUUUCGUCAUUAAGAGGCAGGCGCGGUGAUCCUUUUGACAAGUGGCGCUCCGUCUGCUGUUAGCCAUUGUGUAGCCAAGCGGCUAGCACAUUAGCUGUAAAAAAACAACAAAACAACGCUCAUCUCUUUAUGCAGACGGAAGACAAAAAAGGCGCAGCAGCCAUGCAGACCCUGAAGCUGAUCUCUGCAACUGACCCGCAGUAUUCCGCCACUUUGCUCAAAGCGAUGAAUGAGCAACGAUACACCGGAUUAUUUUGCGACGUCACCAUCAUCAUCCAAGACAGGAAGUUCCAAGCCCACAAGACAAUCCUGUCGGCAUCAAGUACAUAUUUCCACCAGCUUUUCGUCAUGGCCGGGCAGGUCAUAGAGCUGAACUUUCUCCGAGCAGAGAUCUUUGAGCACAUUCUUAAUUUCAUUUACAGCUCCAAGAUCGUACGGAUACGCUCGGACUUAUUAGAGGAGCUCAUCUCGGCCGGGCAGACGCUCGGGGUCAAGUUCAUUGCCAAGCUGGCGACGCCCCUCUCACAAGUCAAGGGUCUGCCUGGUUUGUCCAAGGAGGAUGAAACCCGGGAUGAAUCAUCAUCUGAGAUGGUAAUGCCUAUCAUCUCAGAGUCCUUCUCAAUAUCUGCGGAGGAGUUCAGCAAACCAGCAGAUCAUGAAGCCGACUCGGACGACGACGUUAUGUUUGUCUCGCAGACGGACGUGAAAUCCAGAGUCUCGGGGGAGGUCAUUGAUUUGGAAACGGUGGAUUCAGUUGAGAAGGAGCCUUGCAAAGAACCCGCAGAUCCAGCAGGGGAUCCAAAGCUUCUUGACAGCAGCCCUCUGCGCAGUCCGGACAGCAGCUCCAAUAACUCAAAUUCCCUGGCCAGGGUGUCCUCUGGAAGUACUGCCAGCAUGACCAGCGGCAUCACCCCCGAGCUCCAGAGUGCCUCUCAGUCGUGUGGAACCAGCACGGUGAUGGGGGACAACACAGACAUACUGGGAGUCCACAAAAAGCAAGUUUUCUCUUCCCCUCAACAAGGAGAUGCUAAAAUCAGGCUGCUGGACAUCUCGGAAAGAAACGUUGUCAAACCGACAACAACCAAAAAGACGGUAACACUCAAUGCAGCUACAGAAAUCGAUUCCAUUUCUCCUAAUUGUAAAGUUUACGCCAACAUCGGGGAGAACACCUACGAUAUCGUGCCGGUGAAGGAGGAUCCAGGAGAAGGCGGCUCCAAAUCCAACAAAGGAAAGAGAUCCAUACCGGAAAUACCCGAGAACCUUAAGGUCGGACCAAACAAGAAGAAAUCCAAAUCAGAGCUGGACGACCACUAUGAGCUCAUCAUGGACGGCAAGGCUUUCUACGUGUGCGUUGUGUGCAAGCGACCCUACGUGUGCCUCACCAGCCUCCGCCGCCAUUUCAACACGCACUCGUGGGAAAAGAAGUACCCGUGCCGUUACUGCGACAAAGUCUUUCCGCUGGCCGAGUACAGGACUAAACAUGAAAUCCAGCACACAGGCGAGCGGCGGUACCAGUGCUUGAUGUGCAGCGGGACCUUCCUCAACUACCAGCUGCUGUCCAACCACUGCAAGCAGGUCCACAACCAGGACCCCAGUGGCAGGAAGGCCAAAGAGGACGGCGAGGACAACCUCUAUCGCUUGCUGCCAGCCAAGACGGUGCAGAUGAAGCCAUACUCGUGGACCACGGACGGGGCCGCCAUCCCAUUCAUUUCCGAGGAUGGCAGCGUGCACCAUGUUCCACCACGCCACGAGGAGGUCAUCCAUCCGCCCGUCCAGAACCGAAUGCUGCACUGGGACAACCUUUUUGUGGAGUCCCAGGAGCAAAUGCUGAUGGGCGGGCAAGGACGGCCGCCCAUGAACGCUCGUCCUUCUCAGGGGAAGGCGGAAUACGGUUUCACUAUUCCGGAGACGUAUUGAGAGACGCUGGACCUCGCAUUCAUUCGUGCCUUUUCUGGGGCCCCCGCUUUGGACUUCUGUCACUCCUCUUUACUCCUUGUUUCUCUAAUGCUGGUCCAGAUGAGUGAAUGUUGACAGAACUCAAAACAUGACUUCCCAUGUUGCCCUUAUCUUUGAAGGAAAGGAUAUUGAUUUGUUAAAUAUGGACGAGGAAGAGACAAAAUCGGUUCAUAAUUAUGGAUGGAUAACAUGAUGC